UAAUUUCGAACUGGAUGGUUCGCAUCCUCCCUGAAGAAAGCAACGCGUGCGUGGAUUCUGCCGAAAACCAAUCCAAGAAGUGAAAAGUGAACAAAUUGCACUGUAAUUCGAAUUCCUUUCUUCAAUUAGUGCACAUACAAUGAACGGUCAGAAUCGCAAGAGGGAGUGGCAAGCUGGGCGCGGUGAGGAUCUCACCCCCGACGACCGUAUUGAACUGAUUGCCGAGUUGAUGGCUAAACUAGACGGCGUCAAUUUCGUCGCCGACUUUUUACACAUCCGUCGACUGAAACUGCUGAUCACCGACUGCCUGCCCGACCGCAAGGAGCAGCUGCUACGCAUUCUCAUAGGCUAUGUGAACCGGCCCCCCAGCCCGGCCACAACUAGCUACGCCAAAAUUGUGAGUCUCCUCAGCAACGACCUUGGUUCCUUGAUGGUCGACUGCAUCCGCGCCCUGAGGGCGGUCCAAGAGAAGGCACUCAUCGAUGGCAAGUGGGACAACGCGCGCGGCCUGGAGUACUUCUUAGCCGAGCUAAGCAAGUGACUUAGCAUAGAAGGGCCCUGGCUGUGCAGUUUGAUCACUGCACUGCCCCUGUUCUUCCACGAUACGUUGCACAUAUCAAACUCUCGGUAAACAAAACGUAGCAUAUUCAAUAACACGAACCUAAGACACGAGCAUAACACACGAGAUUAACACUCGAUCCUAACGCACGAGCAACACACGAUCCUAACGCACGAGCGACGCACGAGCCUAAUAAACGAAGAACCAGCUCGACGAUCCGCACAUUCCCAGGAAAGAUCCAAGCAAACUCUUUGGACCUGAAGAAGCCUCACCUGGGAUAAACUAGAGCUGCAGCACUGUGAUCUGUUUAUUGCCGAAGCCGUCGCGUCCUUGGAAAUAUUUUGUCAUCUUCGCUGCCGCUAACCAGGGGCUCCAUGGCCCCCAGGUAGAUGGGCGCCUGGAAUCACACCACACAUAGGACGAGUGGGGAAAUUAUCCACAUGCACAUGCCCCCUGUACUAACAUCUUGGCUCACUCAAAUUUCACAAUUUUAUUUUAAAGAGUGUGAGGUUUUAGAUUGGCUAAGGACCCAACGAAAUGUUGGAUCAAGCUCAAACUGUCAUUUGAUUAUGUUUAUUAAACAUACGAGUAAAAUCUGCGUCCAACAAAGGCGGGGGGCGGGGGUGUGUGCAUUAAAGCUACUU